CCUCUCUUAAUUUAAAAUCUUUGGAAAAUCCCAACAUUUCCACCUCGCCCCCCUCUCUCUCCCUCUCUCCGUCUCUCUCUCUCUCUCUCUCUCUCCCCCGCUCGUUCGCUUUGUAUUCUUCUUCUCCAGAAGCUGCUGUGAGAGCAAACCAGAAUCUAGGGUUUUUACAUCGGCGAUGGCUUCCAAUCCCAAGGAUCCGAAGCAAAGCGGAGGUUUCUUCGCCUCCAUGGCUUCCACUUUGACCAAUCUCGGUAGCUCCAUGACCAAAUCCGUCAACGGCAUAAUGGGUUAUGAGGGGCUGGAGGUUAUCAAUCCAGACGGAAGCCAUGAAGAUCUUGAAGACGAAGCAAGGAAAGGAAGAUGGAAGCAGGAGGAUCGGGAUAGUUACUGGAAGAUAAUGCAGAAGUAUAUUGGCUCUGACGUCACCUCACUGGUGACCCUUCCAGUACUUAUUUUUGAGCCGAUGACUAUGCUACAGAAAAUGGCAGAGCUUAUGGAAUACUCCCAUCUGUUAGAUCUUGCAGAUGAAUGUGAGGAUCCAUACAUGAGAUCGGUAUAUGUUGCAUCAUUUUUCAUAUCUGUCUACUUUGCUUAUCAACGAACCUGGAAGCCAUUCAAUCCAAUACUUGGUGAGACUUAUGAAAUGGUUAAUCAUGGGGGCGUUACAUUUUUAUCAGAACAGGUCAGUCAUCACCCUCCUAUGAGCGCUGCUCAUGCUGAGAAUGAGCACUUUAUUUAUGACAUAACUUCAAAGGUGAAAACCAAGUUUUUGGGGAACUCAGUUGAUAUCUAUCCAGUCGGAAGGACGCAUUUGACCCUCAAAAGAGAUGGUGUUGAAUUUGAAUUGGCACCCCCUCCAACAAAAGUUAACAACUUAAUUUUUGGACGAACAUGGAUCGAUUCACCAGGAGAUAUGGUUCUGACCAAUUUGACCACGGGGGACAAAGUUGUGCUGUAUUUUCAACCAUGCGGUUGGUUUGGAUCUGGUCGCUAUGAAGUAGAUGGAUAUGUUUAUAGUUCUGCCGAGGAACCUAAAAUAUUGAUGACUGGAAAAUGGAACGAGUCAAUGAGUUAUCAACCCUGCGAUGCAGAAGGGGAACCACUUCCUGGCACUGAACUGAAAGAGGUUUGGAGAGUUGCUGAUGUUCCACAGAAUGACAGUUUCCAGUACACACAUUUUGCACACAAAAUAAACAGCUUUGACAGUGCCCCUAAGAAGUUGUUGGCAUCAGAUUCUCGCUUGCGUCCUGAUAGAUACGCACUGGAGCAGGGUGACCUAUCCAAAGCCGGUUUUGAGAAGAGCAGUCUGGAGGAGAGGCAGAGGGCUGAGAAGAAAAAUCGACUGGAAAAAGGACAGGAGUUUACUCCAAGGUGGUUUGACAAAACAGAUGAAGUCUUCAAGACAACAUGGGAUGACAUGGACGUGUACCGUUACAAUGGGAAGUACACCGAACACCGGGCUGCAAUAGACAACUCAGACAGCGUCGAAGCGUUUGACAUCAAAUCAAUAGAGUUCAACCCCUGGCAAUACGAGGAUUUGGCUGCUGCUUAAGGUGUAUCGUGUGAUUGUUUUUGCCUGUAUAAUAUUUUUUUUCUUCUUAUUUGUUAUUCUUACCUCUGCUCGCUCCCCUUCGGAGUUAGUAUCGUGACGAUGGAACCAUAAGACUCACAGGCUUUGCCGACUAUGAUAUUGCUGUGUUGUGGUGUAUCUCUCGCGAUUGUUUAUUUAUGAAUAGAAGUUAACAAAUUGAAGCCUGA